AUUAUCACUUUUUAUCAGUCAAUGUCUUUGGUUUGAAGAAACCUCAUUUAUAUGAUUGUGUAUUAAGGUGACACGUAAGAUUUUUUCAAUCGUUUAUUUUAAAUUGUUUUGGUUUUUAAUUAUCCAUUUUUACAGUUAAUUAACUGAGGAAAAACAAUGAAUCUGAGAAAUUAUCUCGAUAAAAAUGGAUACAAGUUGAUUAAAAGUAUUUUCUGUUUCCUCACCUUCAUGGGAUUAGGAGGAGUUUGUACUCUCCUUGGCUCAUCUCUACUCGACAUUCAGAUCAGAAUUCAACAGAGCUUUGUUACGACCUCAAAGUUGAUCCCAGUUCGUUCAAUUGGUUAUAUCACGGGAGGAUUAUUUUCUGCUUUUCUGGGAAAAUUCACCAAUAUCAACGUAAUCAUGGCCAUCACCAAUUUCACCGGUGGAUUUUUCCUGAUCCUUGCUCCUUGGUUCACAUCCAUUUAUACUGUCGCUGGUUUCAUUUAUCUUUCCGGUAUUUCUCAAGGACUUUUCGAUAUAUAUAGUAAUGUUUACAUAAUCAGAAUUUGGGAUAAAGAUGCGACCAACUAUCUUCAAGUUCAUCACAUGUUUUUCGGUGUUGGAGCUUUAAUUGUACCGUUAAUCACUCGGCCGUUUCUAUUACCAUAUGAACGAGAAGAUGAUAUCGAUAACUUGAAAGAAAACACAACUCAGGCUUUUUCAUCAUUACCCUUUGGUGGUUACAAACCAGACGAUGUUAUGAUUGAAUAUCCAUAUCUGAUUACUGGUCUAUUCUUAUGCAUCAUAUCAAUUGGUUAUGUUGUUUUCUAUUUUAAAGAUAAACGAUUGGAAUCUCAUGUUACUCCCAAAAACGAAAACGAACCUGAAACAAGUUCAAACGAUCCAAUGAAAUCUGAUCAAUCAUCUUAUCAUAAUGAGAAACCUUGGAAAAAGUAUGUUGCUAUUAUACCGAUGAUGCUUAUUGCAAAUAUCUCAUUCGGAUUUACCACAACCGUAGGAUCACUUGGACCUGCGUUCGCGGUAAAAUCUGACCUAAGGAUGAGUAAAUCAACCGCCGCAUUAUUGGUGACCGUUUUUUGGACUAUGUUUUGUUUUUAUCGAAUUAUUUUUAUUCCAUUAACACUCUAUUUUAAUCAGCGGCGAUUAAUGUUAAUCAAUUUACUUUUAAUUCUCGUCUCUGUGGGAUUAAUGGUUCCACAAGCUGCUUAUAAUCAAUAUUUUACCUGGUCAUCAUUUGUGCUACUUGGAAUUGGCUAUUCACCAACAUUUUCUGUAUCAUUUGCAUUAUUACAAAAAUAUUUUCCAAUCUCUGGUAGAUUGGCUUCAUUCAUCUUCAUGAAUGGUUGUAUCGGUGAAUCAAUUCACCCCUGGUUAGUAGCUAAAUUCAUGGAGGGUUUUCCUCAAUUUUUUGUAUACUACCUUUCAGGUAUGUGUGUUUUUUAUGUUAUACUUAACUUUUUUCUACCUCAUCUUUGUAAUAAGCUUUUUAAUAAUCCAAAUAAUAUAAAUUAAUCAAUUUUUAUAAACGUUUAAUACAA